AUGAGUCCUACAUCGCUGCCGCCCAAUGCCCCCAUGACCAAUGGCACUCUCAGCGCCGGUCAUGGAGAAGCAGAUGUAUCUUCUUACCCCUCCCUCGCGACCUUCUCCUUACAAGAUGUCUGCGCCGUUCUCCAUUCUCAAGUAUCUUCAUUCCUGUCAGCCGCCGCCCCGGACAAGGUGACGAAACGAACACAAGAGCAGACUAGAAUAGCUCUGGAUGUCAUAGAAAAGGCUCUUCAAGACUAUGAGUUUGACUCAGUCUCACUCUCCUACAAUGGAGGAAAAGACUGUCUCGUUCUUUUGAUUCUAUAUCUCACUGUUCUUCACACACACUUCGCACAGCCCAAGAACCGACGAAAAGACGAACCCGAACCUCCUCCCUUUCCCAAAUCCAUUCCCUCCAUAUAUGCCAAACCUCCAGACCCGUUUCCCGCGGUCUCCAGCUUCGUCGAGUAUUCUUCUAGACUCUACCAUCUCGACCUGACGCAUAUAUCCACAAACCCUGGACCGAGAAAGAAGGAAAAAUCUCACUCCAAUCCUCCAUUGACAGCACCGAUCCAACAGCUCAGCAAAGCCAUCGAUGGCACUGGCGCCACUACAACAACAAAACCUAUAGUCUCAUUCCGGGACGCAUUCGCGAUCUAUCUGUCCUCACAUCCUUCCAUAAAGGCGAUAUGUGUCGGUACAAGACGUACAGAUCCCCACGGCGAACAUCUAACACAUUUCGAUCCCACCGACCACAAUUGGCCGGCGUUUAUGCGUAUUCACCCCAUCAUUGAUUGGCAUUUAUCGGAAAUUUGGUGUUUCUUGCGCUCGCCACACCUCAAAGACCCAAUUACCGGCGGGCCUCUCAAGUACUGCACGAUAUAUGAUGAAGGGUACACGAGUUUGGGAGGAGUUAACGAUACUUUGAAAAAUCCAAAGUUGAAGUAUUUCGAUGAGAAUGGGAAAGAGUGUUUUCGACCGGCUUUUGAAAUGACUCAAGAUGAAGGUGAAAGACUUGGGAGAGAGUAA